AACAUUAUAAACCCAUUGGCAACAGUUUAGUCUUGAGCCAGCACUACCCACAACAAUGGCAGAUAUUCAAGCCCUCAGAGAAGAUUUGCUAAAAAUUAACAUUGAAAAAUUAAAUGAAUUUCCAUCAAAAGUACCAGAAUAUUUGCAAACAUUAAAGGAAUGGAUUCUUGGCCAACCUAAUCUCAAAUCCCGAACUGAUGAUCAGUUUCUUAUACAAUUUCUUAGAUUCUCCAAGUACAAUUUGGAGGAGGCAAAACAGAGAAUAAUUUCAUUUUAUGAGCAAAAAAUUAAAUAUCCAGAUUGGUUUCGCACCACAGAUGUGGAUAGUCCCAGAUUUCGAGAAUUGCAUAACUUUGGCUUUACCUCGGUUUUACCCAUGCCUUUAAAUGAUUGCGGUCCCCGUAUUGUUUUAUAUCGCUAUGUGUAUCCAAUCGAAAAGUAUACUUUGGAGGAAGUCAUAGAGACUUGUGUGGCCACCGUUGAGACAUUCAUAAUGAAUGAUCCCUAUGCUUGUAUAUGCGGUGUUCUCUACUUAUUGGAUAUGUCUAAUAUAACUCCAGCAAUGCUUGAACAAUAUACAACAAGAGUCUUUCAGAAGCUCGAUGCAUUCUAUGAUAAAUAUGUGCCUUUGCAUUCAGUAGGCUUCUACUUCUUCAAUGUACCAUCGUUUGCUGAGCAAUUCUUUCAGCAAUACUUGGAAUCCCUUCCACCUGAGUACCGUAAAAAUAUUCUAGUUUGUGGAAAAAAUUUAAACCAUAUAACGGAUGUGGUGCCUUCAAAAUAUUUGCCCAAAGAUUAUGGUGGGGAAAAUGGUUGCCUCUCCGAUCUUGUUAAAGAGUUCAAUAGUGUUUGGGACAAACAAAAAACUUAUUUCCAAGAAAACGCUCUGUAUGGUAUUGAAGAACAAGAAGGUAACAUUGUUUAAGAAGAUAAUGACAAGAUUAUUGCAAAUUAAAGAACAA